AUCUCCCUCCUACAAGGGAAUGGCUCUAAAUGCGUUAGCGUGAAAUAUGAUAAGGGUGUUUGUUGAUGUUUUUUUAUGUUUCCCGUUUGUAUCCAAUAGCUUGUUUUUUUUUUCCCCAAACGGGAAAAAUCGUUUUAGGCCUUGCACUUUUUUUCUGGUAAUCGAAACAAAAAAGGGCAACUUCAGGCAUCUCUUACCGCUAUCGAAAGUCUCGAGUUUGAAAGCAUGCAUUGUACGUGUAACUGCAAAGGGGAUCUGUUCAUAUGAACGUAACGUACCCCCAAAUCGUUUUUUUUUUGACAAGCGGUGUAACCUCCCCGUGCAGAGGGGUUAUUUUGUAGCUGGUUUUGCGAGUUGUUCAGUGACGUCGUCGGCAGUGCCUGCAGCAGGUGUGCUGCUUUGCUUUGCGAGAGGCUGAGGCUGUCUCGACUGUUGUUGUUGCAAACUUCACAUGCAAAACAGACGUCAGAAAAAAAAACGAUAUAUGUACAUAUAAACUAGUGAGUGAAAACUGCUCGGAAAAUGGUGGCCGAUAUGGCUAGCCUUGAGAAUAACAAUCACGUUGAAGAAAGUGAUGGAGAUAUUUCCCCUGUAGACCUAAAAGGCAGUGCAGUUGAAAAUGAACCCAGUAGCUCAGAAACAUCAACAGAAGACAGCUCAGAGGACGACGAAUCUGAAAAAGAAGAUGCAGACGAAGGAGGUUCAGAUCAUGAAAACAGUGCUGAGAGAGAAUCGCAAAAGGAUGGACAUAGUUUUGGAGAUGUUUACAUCACCCCAUCGUGUAAGAGGUGUAACGCUAUGCAGACCCAGUGCAGUGAGCGUGUAACUCCACGGAAACUAUCAAGGGGUCGUUUGCUCAUGAUACUGCAGGAUGAAGGAUCCUACCAAUGUUCAGUCACUGGUUUGGUGUUCGAAGUCUCGGGGAAAGUUAAUAUUAAAUAUUCAACCCUAUCGUGGAGCAAGUUUGGAGAAUAUUUAAAAGACUCUUGGAAAUUUGCUGGACCUAUUUUUGAUGUGGAGUGUGACCCAGCCAUCCUUAAAGCAAUACAGUUUCCUCAUUCCCUGUGUCUGGCUGACCAGGAACACGGCAUGACUUUUGGCCUUCUGCACCUGAAGAACAACUCCCCCAUCAUCGAGCCUUCAGCUGAUCACUCCGGAUCCCACAUUAAAUGGAAUGUGACAUCAUUAUCUCCCGUUGGGCCCAUAGUUCAGACAUCACAGCCUGUUGAACAUCAUGGAGUGGUUCUCGUAUAUAAAGUGGUGGAUCACCAUGCCUCGUCAUCAUUCCGGGUGUAUUUAGCCACCAACAAUCACUCCGACAUCAAGGAUAUAGAAAAAGAAGUCAGGCAUUCGAAGAAAAAGUACAUCAAAAUGGAAAAACCACCAACUUGUCUAAAGCUCCUGGAAGAAAAAAAGAAAUACAGGCUAAUCAGUGAACCCGAGGCAGACAUUACUCCAGAGGGCAUUCAGUUCACGUUAGCGGCUGUCAAAUUUAAAGGUUAUUUUGAGGUUUAUUACGAACAGUCUCCGCCAUUCAAGCUUUCACUGAUGGAGGCCGAUUCGGACCAGACUGUUUGGACUGCCACGCUUCGAGAAUGUGAUGUUGAAGCAGUCAACCUCGAGGAAACAUCAAAGAGAAGGACAAAUGGUACUAAAAGAAGAUCAAGCAGCAGUAUGUCUGAGGAAGAAAACCCUAGCAAGAAAGGCAGGUGGAUAGACAGUUCAGAUGGCCCGAAGAAUGUUAAGAAUUCAAUUAUAACUGAUCAGCAGUUAAUGGUAAUCGCCAAGUGUAUGGGCAAAGAGUGGAAGCAGCUGGGGAUCUCCUAUCUCAAUCUGUUGAAGAAGGAUAUUGAUCAGAGUCAGGCCAAAGACGAAGACCUGACGAUACAGAAGUUUAACAUGCUUGAUGAAUGGAGAAAGAGAGCGAAGAAUAACGCAACUGUGACACAUCUGUCCAACAUUCUCGAUGGCGAAGAUGUUCCCAACGAAGUCAGGACUGUCUUGGAAAACAUGUCGAAUGGUUGUUGACUUGAUCUCAUGGAAACUGAUCCACUUUUGAAGGGCAUUAGAGGACUAAAGUAGCCACCGAUAAGCAGGAUGGAAACUGAUGAACAGAAGCCCUUAUCUGUACUGUGGCUGAUGCCUCCACAGCAAGAAUUACGUUGUCUACUAAUGGUUUAAAAUGGACGUCGCUGGUGCUGUUAUCAGAACUCCUUUGACAGAAGAGUGGAUACUGUGACAAAGAGCUCUUCCACGACAUGCUGAACACUUUUUUAAUGAUUUGUACAAAAUAUCUCGUAGAUAUUGAAUAUGGAAAAAUACGAACUUUGUAUAGUGCUCAGAGAAUGUAAAUAUAAAUAUUUUUUUACUUUUGCCAUUAAGAAGACAAACCUGUGUUUAAUUUGGGAAGACAUGCUGUUUUACUUACGUAUUUUAAGAUUUCUGAUGUCAGAUGUCCACACACACUUCCGAAAGGAAUGGUGCAAUUGAAUUUUAAUUUUGUGUUUAUUUACAUUUUGUGUUCCUUUCCUAAAGUGUCCAAAUGGCAACUAUUACAGAGUACUGUGUGUUACAUUCCAGUUGAGUGUGCUUAAUCAGACAGAUCUUGGUUAAAAAGCAUCAGUCAGUCAACCUGCCAACUCAACCACUACAAGUUCUGGUUCUCUGCUUGAUGGCAGCUCUUUAAUUGAUGUGAAUAAUCUUGUUUGUUUUCAGCAGAAAAUGACGUCGGUGUCUGGAUUUAUAAUCUGGGGCCUGCAGGUGGAUUGCGGUAUUGACUUUUAUUUUGAUAUGAGAUUGAGUUUUUACUUGAACUCACAUUUUUCACUCUGCAAACUGAAAAAUCAGAGUAAAAAACAUUAAAAGUCAGUUAUACUCAAGAAUAUAUACAGUACUCAAUGAACUGAC